AUAAAAAUUAAGGGUGUGUUUAUGCAAUAAUGCAACAGACCACUGCAAAUAUUGAAUCAGUUUUUGCCAGUCAUCUUCAGGAACUUUAAUCAACGGCACCGGAAAAUGGUUCAGAAUCCUGAAGCGGAUGAGCCAGAGUGUUCUCCCAGGCCGCCUUUCGCGGUUCAAUUGCUACAAUUCAUUCUAAUCAUUUCGUGUUUCUUAUGCGAUUGAUCGAUUUUUGUUUUUUGUUACUUUAAUUUCUUCGUACUGAUUAAUGCAAAUGGAGCCUGGUUCGAUUAUCGAGUAAUUGGUUGGAAUAUGCUUUAUUCGUUGUCGAGUAAACUGAUUAAGGAUUCUCCUCUUUCAUUUGGCUGUUUGUUUUUCGAUUUAUGCAUCGAAUCCAUUGUCGCAGAUCAAAAUUAAGGCUGAGUUUUUUUUUUGUUGUUAAAUAAUCACACAGUACUGCCACUUGAUAUAUAAACAAAGUUGUUUGCAUAUUUUUAAUUAGCAUAGAUCUCGAUGAGUGAGUUUGAUGUCGAAAUCAGAGUUGCUUUAACCCUUAGCAUAAUUGCUCAAAUAGAAUAUUACGAGUAUGCUUUCCUAUGUAGUGGAGUCUUCUGCUUUUCUGCCAUUCACAUUAUUGCUAACCAAUCCUCCAUCCAUCCAAUCUAAAUUAAUGAAUAUAAUAUUAUAUUGGCUAAUUAUUAUAUAAAAUGAGGGCAUUUUAGAAAGUAUUUCACUUUGUUUUCGUCAUAUGUUUGUUGAUCUUUAUAGUGGUCUUAGUAUUAAUCUAUAUAUCGAAUAACAAAUCAGCUAGUGGUUCUUCCAUUGUUGUGCAAAACAAAAUCAUAGUACCUGCAGAUUGCAUUGCUUGUUUUGUAUUUGGCUGUAGGAGUUCAGAUUUCAGAAUACCUUGAGGAGAUGGCUGUUGCUGCUUAUGCAUCUUUGGUUUCUCUUACACAUGUCCUUGACAACGUUCUUUGUCGCUCCCAGCUUCGGCGUCUUCAUGUGGAUGUAAGACAGGUCGAAACAUUCCAGAGAAGUGUAAAAUUUUUGUUGGAAUUUGUUGAAGUUCAUUCAGGAAGAGAAGGGCAGAGAAUAGAUAGUUUGUGGAGGCAAAUAUCUAAGAUUGCGUUUGAAGCCGAGGAGAUGUUUGACUUACAUGUGGUGAAUCAACUUCAGCUUCGAUCUGAGGGAGUAGAAGUUGUUUCAAGGCCUUUCAUCGUUCAACGAAGAUAUUGAGGGAGUGAUCCAAAAGAUUGACUCCAUCAAGAAAGAAUUGUUAGUGGAAGAAGAGGUAUUGGUAGAUGGUCAAACUGGAAAACAGCCCGCGCGUGGGCAAACUUCAUCGACAAAUGCAUCCCAUGGCAAGAAGAAUAUCGUGGGAUUUGAUGCACAUGUGGUCGCGAUUCUGGAUGUUCUGACUAGAGAUGAACCCAUGCUCCAAAUCAUCCCUAUUGUUGGGAUGGGGGGGGAUCGGUAAGACUACUUUAGCUAAAGCUGUUUUUGAUAAUCAAUAUAUUGCCGAUCACUUUGAUAGACGUAUUUGGCUUACAAUAUCGCAAGAGUACAAUGUCCAGGACAUCCUAGCUGGUCUUUUAAAUGAUGGGAUAGUUAGACCACAUGAUGGAAAUGUGGAUAGGUUGGGGGAAUCUUUGUACAAAGAAUUAUUUGGUAGACGAUACUUGAUUGUUAUGGAUGAUGUGUGGACUGUACAAGCUUGGGAUGAUUUAAAGAUGUUCUUUCCUGACAAUGGUAAUAGAAGUCGGGUUUUAUUGACUUCUAGGCUCUCGCCUGUAGCUGUUUCUCUGGGCUGUCGUAAUCCUUAUUUGAUGACAUUUUUAGACGAGAAUAAAAGUUGGAACUUAUUUUGUCAGACAGUAUUUGCGCAAGAAGAUUGCCCGUUUCCAGAAUUGGAGAAGUACGGAAGAAAGAUUGUGGAAAGCUGUACAGGACUUCCCUUAGAAAUCAUUGUAAUUGGCGGCCUACUUUCAAGAUCCGACAUGUCUAGAGAAUAUUGGGAAUCCGUUGCUGAAAAUGUAAGCUCCUUUGGUAAUUCAGGAUACAAUGAACAUUGCUUGAAGAUAUUAUCUUUAAGUUAUAACAACUUGCCACUUCAUCUGAAACCCUGUUUCCUCUUUGUCGGCUCUUAUCCUGAAGACCGUAAAAUUGUUGUUACCGAACUAAUUCACAGAUGGAUUGCUAAUGGACUGUUAAAAACUGUGGGCGAGAAAAGUUUGGAGGACAUUGCUAUGGAAGUCAUCAAAGAUCUCAUUGCAAGGAAUCUAAUUUUUAUCCACAAACUGACAACCAGUGGCGAGGUGCAAGACGCAAAAUAUGUGGGUAGAGAAGUGUGCUUUCUUUGUGAUGGCGAACCCUCUUAUGAAGGGGCGAUACAUUUACCGGGAUUUGCCCUUGUCUACCCUUCGUUGUCAUCACUAAUUAAUCCUCCGGCCAUUUGUGGUGCUUGCAGAAAGAUGUAUUCGCAUGUUACAAGGUCAUGGUUGGUAGGUAUAAUGAAUGGUGACUAUGAUCUAUUACCAUUUGUUCAUCCUACUCAAGCGCGAUAUGUUUCUGUUCAUUACAUUUUUAAUGUGAAGUCUGUAUUGCCAACCUUGCAGUUGCUCUGGAAUCUUCAGACCUUAAAAAUUGUUGUGGUUUUGACGUCUUAUCCGAUAGUUUUGCCGGCUGAAAUCUGGGAAAUGCCGCAGCUUAGGCAUUUUGAAAUCACGUCGCUUCCGGCUACUCUGUCUGAUCCUGUGGCGACUGGUGUCAAGGGUGAAGAGUUCGUUGUUCUCGAACAGCUGCAGACCUUUUCUGGAAUAGAAAACUUCAAGUGCACAAAGGAUGUCUUGGACAGAAUUCCGAAUAUAAGGAGACUGGAAAUCACCCACGGUUCUAAGAUCGAAUCUCCGGAACAUUCUCUUGGUAAUCUUAUCCAACUCCAGAAACUUGAGUCGCUAAAUGUUAAAUUUGCUCGGGAUAACAUUGCAUUCCCUAGUUCUCUUAAAAAGUUGUCUCUGAAGUCGUGCAUGUUUAGAAUUCCUUGGAGUGGUAUGUCAGUAAUUGGCUCGUUGCCGAAUCUUGAGAAACUUGAAUUGUGGGGCGCGACUGAAGGGUCGGAAUGGAAUCCGGUGGAGGGGGAGUUUCUCCGAUUGAAAGAAUUGAUCAUCGGUACAUGUGAGCUGGUGCGAUGGGGAGCUGAUCAAAGCCACUUCCCUGUUCUUGAGCAGCUUGAACUUCAAUAUUUGAAGUCGUUGGAAGAAAUUCCUUCGGGCAUUGGUGAUAUCCCAACAUUACGUACGAUUAAAUUGUUUUAUUGCAGCAGAUCUCUCGUCAAUUCGGCCAAUCUUGUAUGGCAGGAACAACAGAGCGUGGAUAAUGAGACCCUUGAGAUUCUCGUUGGAGACUUUUGGAGCUCUUGGUUAACCAUCAGUGAUUACUUGUCACGGGAAAUCAGUGACAACGAAUCUGACGAUGACGAUGAAGAUGAAGAGAUCGAACAUGAAGACGAGUCAGAAUGAGAGGUAACAUCUGAGGAACCAUUGUCUAAUUCUUUUAAGCUAUUUUAGUACUUGCAGUAUUUUGUUCUCUCUUUUCUGCCUUCAAAUUACUUAUUUUUCAA